UGAGUCUGGGUCUGGGUCUGGGUCUGGGUCUGGUUCUGGGUCUGAGUCUGGGUCUUGGUCUGGGUCUGGGUCUUAGUCUGCGCCUGGGUCUGAGUCUGGGUCUGGGGGUGACUUUCUAAAAAAGUGAUGUUGAACUGUGAUGUUCUGGUCCUUGUUCCUGACCGUGUCCUUGUCCAUGUUCUGCUCUGUGUUCCUUUCUCUGUAUGUCUUCUGGUAGGUUUUCUAUGUUGGUGUUUGGGUCCUUGUUCCUGUUCCUGUCCCUGUCCCUGUUUGUGUUCUGUACUCUGUGUUUCUUUCUCUCUAUGUGUCCGUGUUCUGGUCCGUGUUCUAGUUGGUGUUUUGGUCCUUGUUUUGGUUCUUUUUUCCCGUCUGUGUCCGUGUCCCUGUCCCUGUCCCUGUCUGUGUUCUGCUCUGUGUUCCUUUUCCUGUAUUUGUUCUGGUCCGUGUUCUGGUCCGUGUUCCUGUCUGUGUUCCUGUCCGUGUUCUAGUUGGUGUUUUGGUCCUCGUUUUGGUUCUUUUUUCCCGUCCGUGUCCCUGUCCGUGUUCUGCUCUGUGUUCCUUUUCCUGUAUUUGUUCUGGUCCGUGUUCUGGUCCGUGUUCCUGUCUGUGUUCCUGUUCGUGUUCUGGUCCAUGUUCCUGUCCGUGUUCUGGUCCGUGUUCCUUUUCCUGUAUUUGUUCUGGUCCAUGUUUCUGUCCGUGUUCUGGUCCGUGUUCCUGUCCGUGUUCUGCUCUGUGUUCCUUUUCCUGUAUAUGUUCUGGUCCGUGUUCUGGUCCGUGUUCCUGUCUGUGUUCCUGUCUGUGUUCCUGUUCGUGUUCCUCUCUGUGUUCCUGUUCGUGUUCUGGUCCGUGUUCCUGUCCGUGUUCCUUUUCCUGUAUUUGUUCUGGUCCAUGUUUCUGUCCGUGUUCUGCUCUGUGUUCCUUUCCCUGUAUGUGUUCUGGUCCGUGUUCCUGUCCGUGGUCCGGUCCUUCCGUCCUCCAGAAGGACCUUUGUGAUUUUCGGAUGUUUGACGGUUUUUGACAUUUUGCACUUUGUGCAAACUGUAAAAAGUUGUCUUUUGUUGUCUGGUGUUAACGUUGCUGAAAUGGGUGAUGUCAUUAUCUGACGAGAGCCUUCAGCCAAUCAGUCGUCGUUACCAUCAAUCAUCUUAAGUCAUCUGCUGCAUCCUGAAUAUUGAUCAGUGGGAUUUUGCAGCAGUGUGAAGAGACAACGUAAGAACUGGAGGCUUCAGGGAGAUGGAGCGAUGGAAGCGAGAGCAUAAAUACGUGAUGAGGAGUCUGUAGGGUUACGUCCAGGACGCUGCUCGGUGAACACAGCGGGGGAGCAGCUCUCAGCCUUUACUGUCAGCACAUAUCUGCCUCAACGCAGCGUGAAGAGCUGAGAGGAUGGAGAGGAUGGAGGAAGUGUCAUCACUCCGUUCCGAAGGCUCAUCCUCUGCGCUGAGAACCGUAAAGAGAUGGAGGACUGGAUCAGCUCGCUGAAGUCGGUGCAGUCCAGAGAGCAUUACGAGACGGCACAGUUUAAUGUGGAGCAUUUCUCAGGGAUGCACAACUGGUACGCCUGCUCCCACGCACGACCCACCUUCUGCAACGUGUGCAAAGACAGCCUGUCUGGGGUCACGUCCCACGGCCUCUCCUGCGAAGUGUGCAAGUUCAAAGCCCACAAACGCUGCGCAGUCAGAGCCACUAACAACUGCAAAUGGACGACGCUGGCGUCCAUCGGGAAAGACAUCAUGGAAGACGAGGACGGGGUGGCGAUGCCUCACCAGUGGCUGGAGGGAAACCUGCCCGUCAGUGCCAAGUGUGCCGUGUGCGAUAAGACGUGCGGCAGCGUGCUGAGGCUGCAGGACUGGCGCUGCCUCUGGUGCAAAGCUAUGGUGCACACGGCCUGCAUGGACCUGUAUCCUCGCAAGUGUCCUCUGGGUCAAUGCAAAGUGUCCAUCAUCCCCCCUACGGCGCUCAACAGCAUCGACUCAGACGGCUUCUGGAAGGCCACCUGCCCCCCGUCCUGCGCCAGCCCCCUCCUGGUCUUUGUCAAUUCUAAAAGCGGAGACAACCAGGGGGUGAAGUUUCUGCGCCGCUUUAAGCAGCUCCUGAACCCGGCUCAGGUCUUUGACCUGGUCAACGGAGGGCCGCACCUUGGUCUGCGCCUGUUUCAGAAGUUUGACAACUUCCGGAUCCUGGUGUGUGGAGGCGACGGCAGCGUGGGCUGGGUUCUGUCCGAGAUCGACAAGCUCAAUCUCCACAAGCAGUGCCAGCUGGGGGUGCUGCCUCUGGGCACCGGCAACGACCUGGCGCGCGUCCUGGGCUGGGGCCCGUCGUGUGACGACGACGCGCAGCUGCCCCAGAUCCUGGAGAAGCUGGAGCGCGCCAGCACCAAGAUGCUGGACCGCUGGAGCAUCAUGACCUACGAGAUCAAGAUCCCGCCCAAACACAGCUGCCCCACCACGCCCGAGGGCGCCGACGACUGCCAGUUUCACAUUUCCACUUACGAAGACUCAGUGGCCGCUCACCUCACAAAGAUCCUCAACUCGGAGCAGCACUCAGUGGUCAUCUCCUCUGCCAAGAUAUUGUGUGAAACCGUGAAAGAUUUUGUUGCCAAAGUUGGAAAAGCCUAUGAGAAAAGUUCGGAGAACGCAGAGGAGUGUGACACGAUGUCUCUGAAGUGCGCCGUCCUCAACGAGAAGCUGGACUCCCUCCUCCAGAUGCUCAACUCCGAGUGCCAGGCGUUGCCUCCGCUUCCCCACGCCACGCCCCCCAUAGUGGAGGAGGAGCAGGAGGAGGAGGAGCAGGAGGAGGAGGCCAGCGAAGAGAGUCUGACAGAGCUGAAGGAGAAGCUGGAGGAGGAGGAGACGGAGAAAGGAGGAGGAGGGCUGUUCAGGAGCAGGGAGCAGCUGAUGCUCCGGGCCAACAGCCUGAAGAAAGCCGUGCGGCAGAUCAUAGAGCAGGCUGAGAGAGUGGUCGAUGAGCAGAACGUCCAGACGGACGACUCCGAGCUGCCGUCGCCCCUGGAGCUCAGGAAGGACAGCGAGGAGGAGAACAGGGACAGCGAGAAGGACGAGGACACCAGGGAGGUGGAGGCGCUGCCGCCUGCUAAGAGCCCGUGCUCUCCGACAGAGAGGAGGGUGAGUCGCAGCACCCAGUCCUACAGCUCCUUCACCAUCACCCCCUUCACCACCAGCAAGGAGAACCUGCCAGUGCUCAACACGCGCAUCAUCUGCCCCGGCUUGCGGGCGGGCCUCGCUGCUUCUAUCGCUGGCAGCUCCAUCAUCAGCAAGAUGCUGCUGGCAAACAUCGACCCGUUCGGGGCCACUCCCUUCAUCGACCCCGACCUCGACUCGCUAGAGGGCUACAUGGAGAAGUGUGUGAUGAACAACUACUUCGGCAUCGGCCUGGAUGCCAAGAUCUCACUGGAAUUCAACAACAAGCGUGAGGAGCAUCCAGAGAAGUGCAGGAGUCGCACCAAGAACAUGAUGUGGUACGGUGUUCUGGGCACGAAGGAGCUUCUGCAGAGGACCUACAAGAACCUGGAGCAGAAGGUGCAGCUGGAGUGCGACGGCCAGUACAUCCCUCUGCCCAGCCUUCAGGGCAUCGCAGUCUUAAACAUUCCUAGCUACGCAGGCGGGACCAACUUCUGGGGCGGCACCAAGGAGGAUGAUAUCUUCUGCGCUCCGUCCUUUGACGAUAAGAUCCUGGAGGUGGUGGCUGUGUUUGGGAGCAUGCAGAUGGCCGUGUCCAGAGUCAUCAAACUGCAGCACCACCGCAUAGCACAGUGUCGAACAGUCAAGAUCACCAUUCUGGGAGAUGAGGGGGUUCCGAUCCAGGUGGACGGCGAGGCCUGGAUUCAGCCUCCUGGAGUCAUCAAGAUCCAGCACAAAAACCGAGCUCAGAUGCUCACCAGAGACCGGGCGUUUGAGAACACAUUGAAGUCCUGGGAGGACAAGUUGAAGUAUGACAAGCCUCCUCUGCGGACCCACCUGUACCCGCAGCAGUCCGUGGAUCUGGCCACAGAGGAGGAGGCCGCCCUGGUGCAGAUGUGUGCCCGAGCUGCAGAGGAGCUCAUCACGAGGAUCUGUGAGGCUGCAAAGACCAAUGGGCUGCUGGAGCAGGAGCUGGCUCAUGCUGUUAAUGCUGCGUCUCACGCCAUCAACAAGACACAUCCCAAGUUUCCAGAGAGUCUGACUAGGAACACGGCCAUAGAGGUGGCCAGCACCGUCAAGGCCCUCUACUAUGAGACGGAGUCUCUACUGUUGGGCCGAGUCUCUCUGCAACUGGAUCCCCCCGAGGAGGAGCAGCUGUCCAGCGCUCUGCAGAGCGUGGAGCUGGAGCUGGGCAAACUGGGAGAGACCCCCUGGCUCUACCACAUCCUGCAGCCGGACGACGAGGAGGACCACACUCUGGGUUACGGCAAGAGGAACAGUCGCAGCGGCAUGUUUCGCAUCGUGCCCAAGUUCAAGAAGGAGAAGGCGGCCAAGAAGACGAGCCCUCAGUCAGUGGACAGAUGGGGCACAGAGGAGGUGGGCGUCUGGCUGGAACAGCUGAGUCUGGGCGAAUACAGAGACACCUUCAUCCGGCACGACAUCCGAGGCUCCGAGCUGCUGCAUCUGGAGAGGAGGGACCUGAAGGAUCUGGGGAUAUCGAAAGUGGGUCAUAUGAAGAGAAUUCUCCAGGGAACUAAGGACCUGGCCAAAGCCUCCAUGGUUGACCUCUAACCCCGGUGCAGACGCUGCCGCAGAGGGAAGCAAACAUUCCCCUGACAGCGCAUGAGUUCAGGAGCAGCGCACACAGAGAGGGAGCAGCUGCACGCGACGGCUGCAGAGGAAGCUGUGAACAUCAGACAGUUUAUGUUUGUGCUCAGGGGCCAAAAUGAGGAUGGAGAAUGUAAAGGGAGCGCAAAAGACGCCUAGGAUGAUCACACAUACACAUGCACAACAAAUAAACACAAACACACAUGCAUGCACAACACACACGUACACACACACACACACACACACACACACACACACACACACAUGCAUGCACAACACAUACACACACAUGCACAACAAACACACAUGUAUACACACACACAACAAACACACACGUACACACACACACACACACACGCACAACAAACACACACGUACACACGCACACACACACACUAAGCCAUUUCUACGUAGAGGCUCCGCCCACUUUCAGGUAUGCAACCCCUGCUGACGGGGGCGUGGCCACCAGCUUCCAGUGGCUGAGUCCCGCUGGCCGCAGCUACGCGCUACGCAUGCUAAGCUCGCUGAUCGCUCUAUAUUUAAUUGCAUGAUUAGUGUCUGGAUUUAGUUUGUGCAAAAAAAGACUUGAACAAGUUUUACAUAAAUUAAGUAUUAUGAUUUGUUGGUUACUACUGAACUGGUGGAAUUCCCUUUCCUGCUUGAACUUGUUCUGUUCGCAUGACGGAUCAACGGUGCCACGUUUCCAGUCAGUUGGUGUCAUAAGACGUUGAACCUCGGAUGAGUUCUGGUUCUUUGGACUCUUCUCUGUGGGUGUGAUCAUGGAGAGCAGCUCUUUGUUUAGACGUAGCGUAGCAGAGUUUUUAAGAAAUACUUCCACGGCACUUUUGACUUCUUGCUUGGUGCGAGUGCAAAUCCUCAUAGCAUCAUGUAGAACUAACAGGUCACCUCAACUUUUUACCUUUGGCAGUUUAACAGCGUACCGACACUAAGGAGAAUAGAACUAGACGUGGUUUUGGACUGCGGCUUAGAGCCGUAGCCUGUUUUCUUCUUGAUAAGACACUACUUUUCGUCUCUGGUGGCAUUACAGGGUAUAUUUCUAUGUGAUGCUAGUUUGUAUAUACAGUAAACUCAUGUAUGCAAACAAUGUUUGUGUUGUAGUUGAAUGCGUUAGUAGAUUCCUGACGUGGCAUGCGUUGUCAACAGAUGACACAUUUGACUGUGUAUAUUACACCAUAAUAAUUGUGUAUUGUUGAUUUUGUUCCAAUCUCUUGUAAUGUACACGAACGACGGUGCAAUAUUUGAUCUCGUUUUGAUACUGUCUCUGCAGGUCUCUCAGUGGGAAAUGGCUUUUGUACACGUUCUCCUCCUCCUCAAGGUUUGGGAGGUUCACUUUGAAAAGUCAGAGCCUACACAGCCUGCUGUUUCUAACACACUCCAGAUUUCUUCCAGAAACGUCUUCACUAGCCUGUAGUUUUGCUCCUCUGUGCUUCCAAGAAGAUAAUCUGACGUGGGACUGAACCAAGAAACUGAGCAGAUGUGGCUGUCGCGUUGAAUCACAGUGUGUUUGAGUGUGUGUACAACAACAGUAGCAUAUUGAAGCCUAUCUACACUUGUGUAUUUACCAUUGCCAACGCUUUUGAUGCUGUCAUUUGAGCCCUGUGUGUUGCUCAGUUGUGUCCUGAAACGUGCCCAGGCUGGAAGGUGAGUGUCUGUGCAUCACCAGCAGAGGGCAGUCUAUGAAACCCCUUAACUAACUGAUGAUGGGCUCCAUAAUUAGGCCAGUGUCCAGUGGAGACCUGCACAUUGGUAGAUGUAUACGUAGAGUUUCCGUCUCCCCUCGUGGCCAAAGAUCCGCGUCAUUUCCAGCCAUUCUGCUGUGUGAGUCACACACAACGAGGCCUUGGACCGUUGGCAGGUUCAGGGUCUACGUAGGCUUCUGCUGCCUUCCUCUUGCAGCUCAUCACUUCGUGGCCAUCAGGCGUGUGAGUGUUGCGUUCUCUGAGUCUGUGCUCGUGUGUCUGACGUGUCUGCCAGUUCCAGGCGAAAGCGAAAGUUGCCCCCCCGCUGUGUUCUGUAAAUAAUGCUGCAAACUGCCUGGUUUUCAAAGAACCACCCAAACGCAUGCAAGGAGUUUCUUUUGUUUACAUUACGUUUACAAUGGCACAGUUUUAAUUUGUAGGAAUCUAAAUGUAGGUAGAAACAAUGUUUGCAUAUUUAUUGCCUAAGGUUAAAUGACAUGAUGUAUAUUGUGUUUUCACAUUUGGAAUAUAAUGUUACAGUUGUCACCUGUAUUUCUACAGUAUCUGGAUGAUUUGGGUAAAGUAGUUGAUCCUUUCUAUGACUACUAAGUGACUGUUUUCUGUGCCUUUUUAUGGUUGGAACGCAUGGUUAACUAUUUAUUACAUUUGGAGUCACUGAGAUGUGUAUUUUUGUAUCUGAAUAAAUAAAUGGUUCCGCUUUUGUUGUACAUUUUUAAAGGUGCCUUUCAACAGGUUACCGGUUCAUAUCUCUCUUCUUCAAUAAAACCAAAUACAUACGCA